CCCCGGUCCUCCUCCUCCUUCCCACCCCCUCUUGCCCUCCCCUCCUCGGUUUCUCCGAGUCAGUUCCGUCAGUCAUGGAGCGGCGGUUUUCAGCCGCGACAGUCAUCGAAGCUGCUAACGCCGCCGGAGAUUGCAACGCGGGACGUCCGGGCCAGCUGAGUUUGCAGAAGGCUCCCCCAGGAGGAAAAACUGCUCCCGCCACCACCGGAGCCCGCGAUCUCCGCAACACCAGCAGCAACCGCGGCGGAGUCGUCUCGCGCGGCUGGGCGCAGUGACUGACGGCGCGAACCCGGGAAUUCUGUCGCGUGCCUGCAUCAGGAAUCACCCACGUUCGCCGCGGCUCGCGCGCCCUCUCGCUCUCUCUCCCUACUUCCAUGCCUGCAAUGCUCCAGUCAUGAAACGUGUACGCACCGAACAGAUUCAGAUGGCUGUUAACUGCUAUGUCAAACGCAGGCAGUAUGUAGACUCAGAAGGUCCCCUGAAACAAGGGCUGCGCUUAUGUCACACAGCUGAAGAAAUGGCAGCUAAUCUAACAGUACAAUCUGAAUCGGGUUGUACAAAUGUGAUUUCUGCUGCACCCUGCUUAGCAGAGCCCCAACAAUAUGAAGUACAGUUUGGGCGGUUGCGCAACUUUCUGACAGAUUCAGAAUCCCAGCAUAGUCAGGAAGUGAUGCCUCUCCUGUACCCCCUCUUUGUCUACCUCCAUAUCAACAUGGUCCAAAAUGGCCUAAAGAGCACAGUGGACAGUUUCUACAGUCGCUUCCAUGGGAUGUUCUUACAGAAUGCUAGCCAGAAAGACAUCAUUGAACAGUUGCAAACUACAUUAACAAUUCAAGACAUCCUGUCCAAUUUCAAGCUUCGGGCAUUUCUGGACAAUAAAUACGUGGUCCGCCUUCAGGAAGACAGCUACAACUUCCUCCUCCGCUACCUCCAGAGUGAUAAUAACAGUGCUCUCUGCAAAGUCCUAUCCUUGCAUAUUCACCUAGAUGUUCAGCCCGCCAAGAGGGUGGACUACCAGCUCUAUGCUAGUGGUGGCUCUUCACGCAGUGAGAGCAAUGGCCUGGAACCUACUGAUAUGCCUGCUUCCAUCCUGCAGAAUGAAGCAGCCUUGGACCUCCUGCAAGAUAGCAUUAAAAGAGUCAAAGAUGGGCCACCAUCCCUUACUACCAUAUGUUUCUAUGCAUUCUACAAUACUGAGAAGUUGCUGAAUACAGCAGCGAUCUCGCCAAAUGGCAAGCUGCUGGCUGCUGGUUUUGACAAUUCCUGUGUAAAGCUGUGGAGUUUGCGGCCCAAGAAGCUGAAAUCUGAGCCUCACUUAGUAGAUGUUUCCCGAAUUCACUUGGCCUGUGAUAUCUUGGAUGAAGAGGCUGAAGAUGAUGAUGAUAUAGGAACUGAAAUGAAGUUAUUAAGAGGGCACUCUGGACCAGUGUAUAGCACAAGUUUUUUGUCAGACAGCUCAGGAUUGCUGUCAUGCUCUGAAGAUACAACUAUCAGAUACUGGGAUCUUGGAUGUUUUACAAACACUGUCUUGUACCAAGGACAUGCUUAUCCGGUGUGGGACCUGGACAUCAGCCCUUGCAGCUUGUACUUUGCUAGUGCUUCUCAGGACCGUACAGCCAGACUCUGGUCAUUUGAUCGGACGUAUCCCCUACGGAUAUACGCGGGCCAUUUAGCAGAUGUCGACUGCAUCAAGUUUCAUCCAAAUUCUAACUACUUGGCAACAGGAUCUACAGACAAAACAGUGCGGCUCUGGAGUACCCAGCAAGGAAACACAGUACGUCUGUUUACAGGUCACCGGGGUCCUGUCCUGUCCCUUGCCUUUUCUCCCAAUGGUAAGUACUUGGCCUCAGCAGGUGAAGACCAGCGCUUAAAAUUGUGGGACUUGGCAUCUGGAACGCUUUACAAAGAACUGCGGGGCCAUACAGAUAAUAUCACCAGCCUUACUUUUAGUCCGGAUAGUAGUUUGAUUGCUUCUGCAUCAAUGGACAACUCUGUUCGAGUCUGGGAUAUUCGAAACACUUACUGCAAUGCUCCUGUAGAUGGCUCUUCCAGCGAGCUAGUUGGAAUAUAUACUGGACAGAUCAGUAAUGUACUGAGUGUACAGUUUAUGGCCUGCAACCUUCUUUUAGUGACUGGAAUUGCACAAGAGAAUCAGGAACAUUAGCUUUUUUGAAAACGGGACAGAAGAUGUUAUUGAAAACUAGAGUCUAUUAUAAACUGAGAGUAUAUAUAAUUGACUGUGAAUUUUUCCCUCUCCCUUUGUUAGACAUCCAGAAUGAUGGAAGUACUGUAUUUGAAAGUAUCUUUUAUUUUUGCAAAAAUGAUAGGAAGGGAGAGCAAUAGGAGAAUUUCACCGUAGUUCUACAUUAGUGCAAAAUUAGGAAGCAAUGUAAUAAGGUGAACAGCCCAGAAUAUUUUGAUAUGGGGUAGUCCAAAACCUGGUCCAAACAAGUAAAAUCAUCACUGGAGCAUUUGCACUUAAAUAUCCUGCAUUGAUGGGAACAUCCUAACUUUUUCUACUACUGACUUGUCUAAAUAGCAAUUAUUUGGUACAGUUAACAUCAACUUGAGUAGAAAAAUAUAUUCUGUUCUGAGGAUGUUUCCAAAUAUAUAACAUUUCAGUAAUGUUUAACACCAAAGGACAGUUUCCCAACUCAUUAGCAUAAAAGAUAUGAGAUUAGAUCUAAAUAAUAAUAAAAAACUUCCCUUCUAUGGGAUCUCUUUGAUCCAACAAAGAGAACCAGGUGAGUGAAGAGGAAAGACUAUUUCCCACUGCAAUCUCUGGGAUUUCCCAACCUUCGGCAGUUGAUUUUCAAGAGAGUAGAAGGGGAUUAAAGGAGAAGGAGUGUUGCCAUUGUAUUAUUUUUUAAAAUAUAUAUGGCAGUUGUUGUCACUACCAAAUAUAUGAAGUGGUUUUAAUUCUUUAUAUGGACCAUAACAUUUGCAGCUAUUCCUAGAUCAAAAAUUUGGGGUUUUCCUGGAUUUGUUUGCACUGUGAUGAUGAUAUAAAAUACUAGAUUAAUCGAUGAAAUAAUAAUUAGCUGUGGAAGGAACCAGCAAAACAUGGCUGAAUUUGUUGUAGCAGAUUUCAACUCCAUGUAGAAAGACAAUUCCCCUCCUCAGAAACAUUAUCUCCAGACCAUAUGAACAAAGAUAUCCAGGGAAUGGAAGCUAGUAUGAUUACAUCAUUAAUUAAUAGAAGCUUUGUCAAUAUCUGAAAUGAACAUUUCUGUAAGUUUUCAUAUACAAGUGUCAGCAUGCAAAAUGGAGCGGGAGAUGGGAACAGCAAUUUUAAUUUCUUCAUUCUAAGAGAAGAUCAAAUAUUUCUGCUUUCGGGAAAAAAGAUUUUGUAUUUUUUUUAAUUAAAAUGUUUAGCUUAAAGAGAAAAGUUUGGCAUCUCUGUAUGGAAUUCAGAUUUUAUGAAGCAGAUAAAUCUAACUUUGUCACAUGGGUGAGGAUCUUUUUUGUAUUUUGUCCAUGUCAAUCUAACAAAUAUACAAAAAUCAUCUCUUCAGAGUUCUAUACCAUUUUGCAAAUUGUUUUUUUAAAACUGAAAACAUUUUUGUAUACAACUUUCCCUAACAUACUUUUUACACAUCUUGUAUGCAUCAUUUCCCCAAAUAUAUUAAUUUUUGUAUACGUCUUUUUCAGCCAAAAAUACUUAAGUUAGAUGUUUGCAGGCUCUGAAUUUUAUGUCUGUUCACAUUGUGGACUCUGUGUUGAUGGAUCGCAUAAUUUGGCUUGAAAUAAAAUCCAUGACAGGAUUUCUUACCCAGA